CAUGGACUCGGGCGAAAUAUAAAUCAGUUAGUUAACAAUGAGUUGUAUUUGUGUUUUAAUCGUACAACAUUGUUGUAAACUAUACAUCUUAAACAAACCAUUGCUAUUCUCUGAAAACUUGGGGAAAUCUGUUACCAAGGAAGGGAGACCAUAAGCUCUCGCGAGAACUACGAGCCAAAGCGUCUAUGAUCCGCUAGCUCUCGCGGUAAAUUAGGUUAGAGCUGUAAAGGGUAGCAUCACAUACCUGAGGUGUGUGCGUUCUUCAUGUGUUACACUCAUUUAUACACUUAACCUUGAAUUCAACGAGUAGUAGGCGUACACUGGUUGUAUUACGUGCCUCGGGACACUUUAUUGAAUGUCCCAUACAGAAGGCAACAGCGUGCAACCAUGAGGUUGAAAACAUCGCUUCUGAAGGAGCCAAAACAUAAGGAACUUGUGAGCUGUGUUGGAUGGACCACAGCCGAUGAAUUGUUCUCAUGCAGUGAGGACCAUCAGAUACUCCGAUGGAACCUGCUGACCAGUGAGACUAGCCUGGUGGUCCGGCUGCCAGAGGACACCUACCCCAUUGAUUUGCACUGGUUCCCCAAAACGGUGGGAGGCAAGAAGCUUGUACAGGCGGAUACAUUUGUCCUCACAAGCACUGAUGGGAAAUUCCAUCUGGCUUCCAAAAGCGGACGAAUCGAGAAGAGCGUGGAAGCCCACAAAGGAGCCGUUCUGGCCGGGCGAUGGAACUACGAUGGCACGGCUCUGAUCACAGCUGGAGAGGAUGGGCAGAUAAAGAUCUGGUCUAAAAGUGGUAUGCUGCGUUCGACACUGGCACAGCAAGGUUCUCCGGUGUAUUCUGUAGCCUGGGGUCCAGACUCCGACAGAAUCCUCUACACAUCAGGAAGACAAUUAGUCAUCAAACCCCUGCAACCCAGUGCUAAAGUCAUACAGUGGAAGGCUCACGAAGGGCUCAUCCUGAAGGCGGACUGGAACUCUGUGAACGAGCUCAUCCUGUCGGGAGGCGAGGACUGUAAAUACAAGGUGUGGGACAGCUAUGGCCGCCUGCUGUACUCCUCCUCUCCCCAGGACUACCCGGUCACCUCCCUGGCCUGGGCUCCGGACGGGGAGGUGUUUGCGGUGGGCUCCUUCAACACCCUGCACCUCUGCGACAAAACCGGGGUAAGAAACAGCAGCGGCGGCAGCUGGAGCCACACAGAGCUAUUCAGGGUCCACAGCUAUCGUACCGCGAUCCCAGUAGCUAACCCCCAUUCCAUUGGAGUGCAUAGAAGCUGUGCGCUUCCAUUCAAACAAUGCUUUUCUGCUCAUUGUUAGAUAUUGCUCUGAAAUAAAGAGUUUAUACAAAAAAAUUGGCCUUUUAAGCCCUUUGAGUCUGUAAUGGUGAUUAAGGGCUAUACAAAUAAAAUUGAAUUGAAU